CAUUCAAAAUCUGCCCGUUACUGCCACCUAUAUAUACCUCUCUCCUCUUAUCCUCCUUCCACAUCACUCAAUCACACCCACUUCUUCUUCUUCUUCUUCUUCCCUUUCAAACAUGUCCACAUUCAUCUCUUUUCACUGCUUCCUUCCUCUCUUCUUCCUUAUCUCUCUCUUUCACCUUUCCUUAGCGGCUAGGAAGCUCGAUGACCAGUCUCGGCUCCUCCGUUACCACAAUGGUCCUUUGCUCUAUGGCAAAAUCGCCGUCAACCUCAUCUGGUAUGGCCGCUUCAAACCCUCUCAAAAAGCCAUUAUAGCCGAUUUCGUUACCUCGCUCUCGUCUCCUGUCACUCCAAACAACCAACCAUCUGUUACCACGUGGUGGAAAACCACCGAGAAGUACUACCACCUGAGCCCCAAGAAGGCUUCUUCUCUCUCCUUAUCGCUUGGUGAUCAGAUCCUCGACGAAAGUUACUCGCUGGGAAAGUCACUGACAAACAAGCAUCUUGUCGAGCUGGCUUCCAAAGGGGGGCAGAGGAACGCCAUCAACGUUGUCUUGACAUCCGCCGACGUGGCUGUUGAAGGUUUCUGUAUGAGCCGAUGUGGCACUCACGGGUCUGCCGCUUCCGCGGGUCACGUGAAGGGUGGCAAGAACUAUAAGUUCGCAUACAUAUGGGUCGGAAACUCCGAAACCCAAUGCCCGGGUCAAUGCGCGUGGCCCUUCCACCAGCCAAUUUAUGGGCCUCAGAAUCCACCUUUGAUUGCUCCUAACAACGAUGUGGGAGUUGACGGUAUGGUCAUCAACUUCGCUAGCCUCCUGGCUGGAACCGCCACCAACCCUUUCGGAAACGGCUACUUCCAGGGUCCGGCCGAGGCCCCGCUCGAAGCUUCGUCUGCGUGUCCCGGUGUUUACGGUAAAGGGGCCUACCCUGGCUACGCUGGGGACUUGCUGGUUGAUCCUACAACCGGUGCCAGCUACAAUGUGAAUGGUGCUAAUGCGAGGAAGUAUCUUGUUCCUGCUCUGUAUGAUCCUUCAACAUCCUCUUGUUCGACUCCCGUGUGAGGAGGAUCGCGAUGAUGAUCCAUGGCUGCCACUUCUAUGACACACGGAUUAGGAGGUUGUACAAAUCUUCAAAUAAACAAAUUUGUAGGACUAUUUCAUUUAUUUGUUUAUAUCUUCUGGAUAUGUACGCAGGACUAUGUAGUAGAAAAACAAAUGUUCUUCCAUUUGUUUCUUUUAAUCUUAAAAUUAAGAGUAUUGCUCUGGA